UCAGAACCUCACCUACUGGGUCCAGUGCACUGGAGAUGGCAGAAAUGAGACCCAAAACACAACAGACACCAGCCUCACGGUGGAUGGACUCAACUCGGCAUCGUGCCCCCAACCCAGUGAGAAACCUGACAGUGGGCGCUCGGACCAACAGCUCCAUCACCUUGCACUGGGAGGUCCCCGAGGGCUCAGACUCUCAGAACCUCAUCUACUGGGUUCAGUGCACUGGAGAUGGUGGCAGAAAUGAGACCCGAAACACAACAGACACCAGCGUCACGGUGGAUGGACUUGAUCCUGGUUUCACAUAUGAAUUUUCCAUGUGGGUGGAAAAAGAUGGAGUUAAGAGCCCCAGGGUUACUCUCAGUACAGCCACAGCCCCUAACGGAGUGAGCAACCUGAGAGUGGGUGCUCGAACCAACAGCUCCAUCACCCUGCACUGGGAGGACCCCCAGGGCUCAGUCUCACAGAACCUCACCUACUGGGUCCAGUGCACUGGAGAUGGUGGCAGAGAUGAGACCCGAAACACAACAGACACUAGCGUCACGGUGGAUGGACUUGAAUCUGGAUCUUUGUAUGAAUUUGGGGUGUGGGUAGAGAAGAAUGGGGUUAAUGGCUCCCAAGAGACUCAAAAUGCUGCCACAGCCCCUAACCCAGUACGAAGCCUGUCUUUGGAGGAUCAGACCAACGACUCCAUCGCCCUGAGCUGGGAGGCCCCCAGGGGCCCAGACCUUCAGGACUACACCUACUGGGUGCAGUACACUGGACAGAGUGACAAAAAUGAGACGCGAAACACCACAAGCACCCGUGUCAGGGCUGAGGCACUCGAACCCGGGACCUUGUACCAGUUCUCUGUGUGGGCAGAAAAGCACGGAGUACCCAGCUCCAGGCAGAAUCUCAGCAUCUCCACAGUCCCUAAUGCUGUGGCAAGUCUCAGGACGCAGGAUCAGACCAACAGCUCCAUCACCUUGAACUGGACGGCUCCCAUGGGUCCCAGUCAUCUGCUCUACACCUACCACAUCUUGUGGGUUGAGGAGGGCGGCUCUGACACUGCGUCCAAUAGCACCUCUGAAAUCGGAAUCACACUGACAGCGCUGGAAGCUGGGAGCCUGUACAGCAUCACCGUCUGGGCUGAGAGGAACGAAGUCAGGGGCUAUGCCCGUACCCUCACUGAGGCCACUGCUCCCAACGAGGUUACACAUCUGCAGAAUGCAAGUCAGACCAGCCACUCAGUGACCCUGAAGUGGCAGGCCCCUGCAGACCCCCACGCUCAGCUUUACACAUACUGGGUCCAGUGGGCCAGCGAGGAGCCUCCCCAGAGGGAGCAAGAUCCCAGCAGAGACUGGACCACAUCAAUGCACAGGACCAAUGAGACUUGGUAUGAGGUGGAAGCCCUCGAGUCUGGCACUUUGUACAACUUCAGCGUGUGGGCAGAGAGGGAGAACGUAUCCAGUCCCACACAGAGCCUCCGUGCGCCCACAGCCCCAGCCGCUGUCACCAUUACCUCCUGCGUCAGCACCUCUGGGGGCUAUGGGGUCAUCCUGAGCUGGUCCUGCCCCUCGGGGGGCUAUGAGGGCUUUGAGUGGGAGGUGGGUGUGCAGCGCGGCUCCCAGAGUGGAUCUUCCUGUGGCGAGGACGUGUCCGUGCUGGGUCUCGGGCCAGCUCAGUCCUACUCGGCCACGGUCACAACUCUCUCCAAUGGAAUGAGGACACCGUCUGUCCCUGUGACCUGCAGCACCGAGAGUGCAGGAGUCAUUGCUGGAGCUAUUGUGGGUGUACUCCUGUUUCUCAUCCUGGUGGGCCUGCUGGUGUUUUUCCUGAAGAAGAGGAAUAAGAAGCGUCAGGAGAAGGCAGUGCCCGGGGAUCUGGUGUUCAGAUUUCCAGGGGACAUCCUGGCCCAAGACUUUGCUGAGCAUGUCAGGAAAAACGAGAAGGACAGCAACUGUGGGUUUGCAGAGGAGUACCAGCAACUGACCCUGGAAGGCCAUGGCCAGUCUCAGAUGGUGGCUUUAGCUCCUGAGAACAAGGCCAAGAACCGCUACAGAAACGUGCUGCCCUAUGACUGGUCCCGGGUGCCCCUGCAGCCCCUCCAUGAAGAACCAGGCUCUGACUACAUCAAUGCCAGUUUCAUGCCUGGACUUUGGAGCCCCAGGGAGUUCAUCGCAGCCCAGGGCCCCCUGCCACAAACUGUGGGUGACUUCUGGCGCCUGGUGUGGGAACAACAGAGUCAGACCCUGGUCAUGCUGACCAACUGCGUGGAGUCUGGCCGGGUGAAGUGCGAGCAUUACUGGCCUCUGGACGCUCGCCCCUGUACCCAUGGGGACCUGCAGGUGAUCCUGGUGGGUGAGGUGGUGAUGGACAACUGGACAGUGAGGGAUCUGCACCUCCUCCACAUGGAGGAACGCAAGACCCUAUCUGUGCGUCAGUUCCACUACCUGGCCUGGCCGGACCACGGCGUCCCACACCCAGAUCCCUUGCUGGCUUUCUGGAAGGUGCUCCGGCAGUGGCUGAACCAGACCAUGGAGGGAGGCCCCCCCAUUGUGCAUUGCAGUGCUGGUGUGGGCCGCACGGGCACUCUCAUCGCCCUCGAUGUCCUGCUUCGGCAGUUGGAGUGUGAGGGUCUCGUGGGGCCCUUCAACUUUGUGAGGAAGAUGAGAGAGAGCCGUCCGCUGAUGGUGCAGACAGAGGCCCAGUACGUAUUCCUGCACCAGUGCAUCCUGCGGUUCCUCCAGCAGUCAGCCUCAGCCCCAGCCCAGUCGGAGACCACCUACGAGAAUGUGGCAGAACUCACCUACGAGAAUGCGGCUGCCAUCCGGGCUCAUGAGUCGGGGGAUAAAGACACAGGCAGCUGAUCUUACAGCCCAGCAAGACUCAGCGCUCAAUCCCACUGCAGCCAGAUUCCUGGACCCUGGGAGAGCAGAGGGCUGGGGUCUGGGACUCCCAGGCCCUGUGGGAAGCGUGUCCUGGGAACCCAAACUCCUGUUUUCCAAGAGGAGAGGGGUUUUCUGGGCUUCAACUCAGAGAUCCUGUGGGAGCCAGGACCUGGAUUCCUGGUCCUUGCGGGAGAAGGGUGGCAAUAGGUGGAUUUCCUGGUGUUUUGUUUCAUUUUGUUUUUGUGGUACAAGAGUUUGAACCUACAGCCUCAGGCAUGCUAAGUGCUCUACCACUGAGUGACAUCCCCAGCCCUUUUUAUUUUAUUUUAAGUCAGGGUCCAACUAAAUUGCCCAGACUGGUCUGAACUGGCCAUCUUUCUGCCUCAGCCUCCCGGUGACUGGGAUUACAGGUGUGUGUCUCUGUGCCAGGCUUCAAUUUCCUGGUUCUUUAAGGGAGAAGGUGGCUGUGGCCCUGAGUGGAGGGUUUCAAGGAAAACGACUGGAACCUGAAUUCCAAGGGGUGGACUUCUGGUGACCUGAGGAGCAAGGGCAGGCAGGAUCUGUCCUGCUUUUACUUCAGAAAUCAGCUCAGUCUCCUGUGAUCUGAGGUCACAGGGCUCCCUCUGCCUAGGUGCCUGGGUACCCCUGGCUCUGCACAUACUUCCUUUAAUCCCAGGCCUUAUUAAAUCAUUA